GACGAGAAAGCCAUCCAGGAGGCCCUGCUCAGCAACCUGGAGAUCGCGAACAAAAGGGGUUCCCUGACGGCCGGCGAGUACCUGAACAUGACGAAGGACUGCAGCAAUUUCAAGAAGACCCGGCGGUUCAUUGAGUUCCCGCUGAGCCAGGAGGAGGCAGAGUUCCCUAUCGCCUACUCCAUGGUCAUCCACAACAAAAUCGAGAUGUUCGAGCGGCUCCUGCGGUCCCUGUACGCCCCUACGAACGUCUACUGCCCCCAUUGACAGCACGUCAUUGACAGCAAGUCCCCGGCCGCCUUCCAGGAGGCCGUGCGGGCCAUUGUAGCUUGCUUCCCCAAUGUCUUUGUGGCUAGCCGCCUGGAAAAGGUGGUCUAUGCCUCCUGGUCCCGGCUGCAGGCCGACCUCAACUGCAUGCAGGACCUGUUGCAGAGCCCUGUGCCAUGGCGCUACGUCCUCAACACCUGCGGCACCGAUUUCCCCAUCAAAACCAACGCCGAGAUCGUCCGUGUCCUGAAGGUGCUGCAGGGGCGGAACAGCAUGGAGUCAGAGAAGCCCUCGGCCUUCAAGCGGGAGCGCUGGCAGUACCACCAUAAAGUGGGGGAGUUCAUCUUCCGGACAGCCACAGAGAAACUGCCACCACCCCACAACUCUCCCAUGUUCACAGGCAACGCGUACAUCCUGGUCACGCGGGCCUUCGUGCAGCACAUCUUUGAGAACCCCACGGCGCAGCAGUUCCUCGAGUGGGCCAAGGACACCUACAGCCCUGACGAGCACGUCUGGGCCACCCUCAACCGCAUGCCCGGCGUGCCAGGCGCCAUGCCGCAGAACGACAAGUUCCAGCUCUCGGACAUGAACGCCUUGCCCCGCCUGGUGAAGUGGCAGUACCUGGAGGGCGACACCAGCAAGGGCGCGCCCUACCCACCCUGCACCGGCCAGCACCAGCGCGCCGUCUGCAUCUACGGGGUGGGCGACGUGCCCUGGAUGCUGCAGCAGCACCACCUCUUGGCCAACAAGUUCGAC